CACACUAUAAAAACUAUAAAUUAUAUCUUCCAUUGUGUCACUUGAAAGCGUCAACGUAUUCUUAUGGUCUUUUCUAAACAAUCCGUUUCUUGGAGAGCCCGGCAACUUCACCUUCAACCUCCUAUUGGCCCCAAGAAUCAACACACCAGAGGUUUAUUAUUACAUGCCAAAGUUGUAGCGAGCAGCUGUGGAAGGAAUUUACCUUUUAAAACAGGAGUUAAUUCUUACAGCUCCUUCCAAUGUCUUGGAUGGACUUUAGAAUUGGAAUUGAGGAUGUUGGUGGAGCAGUAUUACAGGAACUGUGGAACAGGGUGGGGUUGCAAAUAGUGGAUCUUGCUAAGGAAACAAGGGAUGUAGUGCUUGAGAAAGACAACUUCCGAGAAUUCUCCACUAGUAUCUCUGAGUUGGAUACUCUUUUGCAGGCCUUAAAUGUGAACCAAAUUGAAACUUCAAUGGGUUCAGAAUUCACCAAGGCAGCAUUGGAGAAACUGAACAGCCAGCUAAGGAAAGCCCACAAGAUGAUCAAGGAUUAUAAAUCCGGAAGCCAUCUCCGGUUCAUACUUCACUCGCAUUCGGUGCUCUCGCAGAUGCAAUAUUUAGCCAAAGAUAUAGCUGCGAUCGUUUCCUCAUUUGAGUUGAUUAGUCUUGAUAUGGCAGUGAACUUGAAGAGUAUGAAUACCCGUAUCAUCGAGCACCUGAGUUCAAUGGAGUUCCGCGUGUCAGCAUCAACACAAACAAUUGCUUCAGAAAUAAAGAAUUCAAUAUCCCGGAGCAGUAGAAACAGAAAGAGUGCUGUGCAGCUCCUGGAGAAAAUCGCGGAAGCAGUCGGUGCCAAUGCCGAUGCAUCUUUGGUAAAAAAUGAAUUGGCACUUUUGAAGCAGGAAAAACAUGAGAUGGAAGUUCAAAAGAAGCUGGCGGAGGCACUUGAGCUUUCUCAAUUGAUAAACUUAUUGUACAGUACCGAAAUGGUUUCAAGGCCACUGAAUGAGGAUAUCUCAACAUACCACAACCAAUACCCUAUCGGUUCCUUCAUAUGCCCCUUGUGCGAUGAGAUGAUGGUAGACCCGGUUGCAAUUAUCUGUGGCCACAGCUUUGAGAGGAAGGCUAUUCAGGAAUAUUUCAAGCGUGGAAACUAUGAUUGUCCCACUUGCCGACAAGACCUUCAAAGUCAGGAGCUUACUCCUAAUGUUAACCUCCGGAGCUCUAUUCAAGAAUGGAAGAAAAGAGAUAUGGACUGGAAAUUUCAAGCUGCAGUUGCCGGUAUCAAUUCCGAUGAUCCUUUUAGAGAAAACAAAGCCUUCGAUGAUAUGCAGGAUCUGGUGGAAAUCUCCGAAUAUGCAGUGAAAGCUGCCGAGGAGGGACUCAUACCGAAGUUCGUCGAGUCGUUAAAGGACACUAGGCUUAACAGUGUGGCUGCAGAGAAAUGCCUUUAUUGUUUAGCUAAAUACUGUGAGGACCAUAAGCUACAGAUUGUUGACGCAGGAGCUGUUCGCCGCAUUGUGAAGCGCAUGUACAAUGGUGAAACAGAAGCCAAUUCACUUUCCAUCCUGUUGGAACUGUCUAAAACAGAAACUCUCAUAGAGAGAAUAGGGAAUACCAAGGAUUGUAUUCCUGUCCUGGUUUCUUUGCUCAGUAACCCCAACCCUGAUACCUCGUCGAAAGCUAAAGCUGUAUUGCAGAAUCUUUCUUCCAACACACACUUCGCUGUGAAGAUGGCUGAAGCUGGAUACUUUCAGUCAUUUGUUGCUCGAUUCAACCAAGCUGCAGGACAACAAGAGACCCAAGCAUUGAUGGCUGAAGCCUUGGAAAAGAUGCAGCUCAAAGAAAACAGCAUCAAUGACCUGAAAGAUAAACAAUUUGUUCACAAUCUAGUUCACUUGCUAUCCUCAAAUUCCCCAGCAUGGAAAUCUGCUUGCAUCAAAUGUGUCAAGAAGCUUGUACCGUAUCCCAAGAUGGUAAAGCGGUUUCUAUCAGAUCCGGAAACUAUACCACUUUUACUUAAUCUCAUUUCAUUCAGGUCAGAUCCUCUUCUUAAACAAGAAGCUGCUGAGAUUCUAGCUCUACUGAUAGAAGCAUGUCAGCCUCCUCAAUUUCAGAUGUAUCAAGGGCUCCAGGAGCUGCAAUCACAGCAUAAUGUCGGUCUCCUUUUGCAAUUUGUUGCAAAAUUUGAUUGUCAAUUUAAGGUCAAGUUCUUGCACCUGCUGCUUGAGCUAGGCAAUAAGUCAAAGACAGCUCAAAAUCUAAUACGAUCGAACACAGAUGCCGUGGAUAACCUUUUUUCUUGCCUUGGUAGUGAUCAUCCUUCAGUUAGAAAAUGGGCAAUGAAGCUAAUACAUUGUGUGUCUGAAGAUCAUCCUGACGGGGUUCCUGUCCCACCAUCCCCUGGAAAAGAAACUGCCAUCAACACCUUAGCAUCCAUCCUAGCAUGUUCGCCUAAUUUUGAAGAAAGGUCCCUUGCUGCUGGAAUAAUUAGCCAACUUCCAAAAGAUGAUAUAGCUAUUGAUGAAGUACUCCGUAAAUCAGAAACUUUAAAAGCCAUUCAUGAAGUGAUCUGCAAUUCGGAGGAAGAAUUUGGUGUGAUUGGAGCAUCCACUAACCAAGACAAGUCCCUACUUGAAAAUGCACUAGCUGCACUUUUACGCUUCACGGAACCCACCAAGCCCCAACUCUGGAGGCAAGUAGGACAGCUUGAGCUCUUUCCAUCUUUAAUUCGACUGCUUUCUACAGGUAGCUCGCUGGCCAAGCAGCGAACUGCCAUUGCUCUUGCACAUCUAUCACGGUCCACCAGCCUGUCAUUCGCAGAAACAAGCAUCAGACUGAAGCAAGAGAACUCCAUGCCACUGCUUAGCAUGAAGAAGCUCUUCCCUAACAUGUCGUGGUGCUGCUCAGGCUCAGCAGACAAUGAAAUUUUAUGCCCCCUCCAUGGAGUUGCAUGUUCGCAGAGACUUACUUUCUGCCUUGUCAAGGCAGAUGCUGUGAAGCCACUAUUGCGAACUUUGAGUGAUACAAACUCGGGUGUGGCAGAGGCUGCCCUAAUGGCACUUGAAACAUUGUUAGAAGAUCACAGUACAUUGUCACAUUCAAAUGCAAGUGCUGCCAUUGUAGAGAGUGAAGGUGUUGUGGCAAUUCUGCAGGUCCUAGAGAAGGGAUCCUUGUCUGCCAAAACAAAAGCCUUGGACUUACUCCAGAAGAUCCUAAACCAUUCACAAAUAAGUGAUGCGUUGUUUCAGAGGUGUGAGGGAAUCCUUAUCCAAUUGCUCCACGAGGAUGCCCUUCGAAAGAAAGUAGCUCUGGUGCUUAAGAACAUGAAUGUUCUUCCUGAGCAAUCCUCCUAUUUCUGAAAUUGUUUGUUUUCUGUAAAUAGGAAGCUUGAACCAGAACUUGUACAGAGUCCUAAUCAAUUCUUUAGGUAAGGUCAAGGGUUGAACUCAGCCCAAAACCAAAAACAUAGCAUAUUCAUUUUCCAGCUGAUCAGAAAUAAUAAAAAGAAAUUCUUUAGAACAAUGCUUAGUGAGUUAAUGAGAUACAUCACCAUGCAAACAGAAAGGUCAUAUGCAGAUUGAUACCAUGGAAUCAUGUUGUUUUAGAGUAUAUAAUGUAUACUAUUCAGAGUGGUUCAAUGGAAUUAAUAGGCUUCUCAGCAGUUUUGAAUGGACUUAGAA